UUGAAUGUGACCACUAAGGGUGAAAGUGUGGUACUCUGUGAAUAUUUCCUAAAUGAUAAUAACGAAAUAUUUUAUUUAAUGACUCGACACAUUUCAUAUUUUGAACACAUGUAUAUUCAAUGUAGAAUGACAAUACUCAAUUCUCUCCUGUUAUUCCUAUAAUAUUAAUUUAUUUUACUCACAUAUUUCAGUCAAACCAUUGAUGACCUCUGAAACCAUGACGAAAUCAUCGACAAAGAAACGUAUGAUAAACAAGGGAAAAUUAAAUAAAUAUGGAAAGCCAAAUGAAAACACACCAGCUGAACAAUUAGAAAAUUACAGCCAUUAUUCUAGGAGUAAAUCAACAGGACCAACAGUAACAGUCAAGACUGAAAAUAAUGGCGUUGACGAAAUUGAUAAAAACUGGGAAAUGGAAAAUGAUACGACUGAAAUAGACAUAGCAGAUGUACUUAUAAAAUCAGAAGAAAUAUUCAUUAAAAUGGAAUAUCCAGAAAGAUUAUCACCAAAGGAUGAAAAGAAAGAAAAUAAGAGAAAGAAAAAAAGAAAGGAGAAUCAGUGUGCAGAAAGCAAAGGUUCAACAAUAAUGGAAAGU